CUUCAACCUUACUGAGCUGCAAACAAUGAAGGGUUUAGCUCAAGUUGAAUGGGUGGGAAUCAAUUGGGACUGAUUGUAUUUAACACAAUGGAGUGCAGAUUGCAGUAACACAAGUUUAAUAAAGACAUGGUGAGAGAGAGUGUCAGUACACCAGGCCUUUAUCUCUUUGGCAGUUGCUUUUCUGCGACUGUGAACUGACAUCCUUUUCUCACUGAGACCCAGGUAAGAGAGGCAUAGCAGUUCAAGUUAAUGUGUCACAGAGGUUUUCUUACUCAGUUGUGAAAUUGUCCAUGCAAGCCGGCCUUGAAGGACCUUAAGGGAGGGCUUUGUGGUGAAAAGUUCUUAUCUAAGGGAAUGCUGAAGUACAAAAGGCCUGCCAUGGGUGAGAGACGGGGUGGAAAUGCUGCUAAAGCACUGAGCCUCCAGACCCUCAACUCUCCUUUCCACCACCUCUCCUCUUCUCCUUCACCUCCUUUCCACCCCAGCCACUUUUUACCAUGGGAGUCGCCUACAGCAUUGGAGAGGUUGACCACCUCAACACAUUCUUUGUCCAGUGGUCUCCAGGCAUGUACAACAAGGACAACAAUAGUAGGCACCACAAAAAGAUCCGCUACCUUGUAGGGAAAAAAGACAAGCUAGCUGUAAUUGACGAAUUAUUCCACAAUCCAUCUUCGCUCAUUGCCAAAAACUGGGAGAUCAUCACGGUUAAGGAUGCAGUGACUCGUCGUCAAAGUGUGUGCAGCUCAGAGGAAGGUAACCACUCGGAUGACGAAGAACCUGAGGACCUAUGUCCUGUUCUCAGAGAUCACAGCCAGCUCCUCAGUGAUCACCACAUCCAGAGUCUAGCCAAUCACAUGCCAGCAAGAACACAAGGGUAUCCUUGGAAUCUGGUUUAUAGCACAGCCAUUCAUGGCACCAGCCUGAAGACUCUAUACAGACAAAUGGCCCACAUUGAUUGUCCUGUGCUUCUGGUUAUCAAAGACAUGGAUAACAAGGUGUUUGGGGCUUUCUGCUCCCAUCCAUUCAGAGUUAGUAAUUAUUGUUAUGGAACAGGAGAGACAUUCCUCUACAGCUUCAAUCCUGAAUAUAAGGCCUAUCGGUGGAGUGGGGAGAACUCCUACAUUGUCAGGGGCCAUUUGGAUUCUCUGCAGAUUGGUGGAGGAGGGGGGCAUUUUGGCCUGUGGCUGGAUUCUGAUUUGUACCACGGUGCCAGCUAUGCCUGUCACACCUUCAACAACCAGCCCCUUUCCACUCAACAAGACUUCAAAGUGCAGGAUCUGGAGGUCUGGACUGUCCAGUGAACUGAGCAAGACACUUUUAGAUGGAACAGAGAUAGAGACGGAGAAAAAAGCUGUAGCCUUAUCCGUUGUUUACAACAUCGUUUACAGAUCAUUCUAAAAUGUACCCAGAGGUCAAAUGGUUAACAAUAUUUUCAAAUUCUGAAAAUGUGACUGAUGGAUAGCUGUGAAUCAAAGUUGAUGGAUAGCUGUGAAUUUAAGCUUUCCAAAGGUGCUUGAUUAGAGAUUAUAACAUUGUGUGAGCAGGGCCUGUAUGUAAAGUAAUGCUGGUUUGGCUUAUCUCUAACCUGGUUUAGUAGCCUUUUUGUUUGGUUUUGUCUGUGUUGGCCUGUUUGACCUUGUAAAAGACAGACAAGCUAUGUUAUAGAGGCUAUGUUAUAUUGCCUAUACCUCUACUGAUCAGACUCUGUCCAAUGCCAGCAUUACAACUGGUUCUGGUAAGCCAUCCAUUCAUUUCUGGUUAUGGAAAUCAUUUUAUAAGGCUGUUCUAGAUCACCCUACAUAUUUGGAAUACUAUUUUGGAUUCACUAUUUCGGAUUCCCCUUGUGGUUGCUUAAGAGUGUAUUCAUUUAGCUGAUUCUAUAGCAAAACGUUUCUUAAACUAAAUGUGUUCAAUAAAAACGAUUGUUUUUGUUUACAAAACA